AUGGUUUUGCUUAUUGUGGAUGGCGUAUUGGUGCAGGAGAUGUCUUUCAUAAGUUCCUCUUCUUCAAAGGAGAAGAAGUGCAAGUGUGGUGUUCCCUUUGCGAAGCUUACUAGUUGGACAAGGGAGAACCCUGGUCGGAAGUUCAGAACAUGCAAGUUCUAUGAUCGUGUAACUGAGAGUAGAGGUUGUAAAGCAUUUGAAUGGGUGGAUGAACAAGAUGGGACAGCCUGGCAAACAGAGGUGAUUAACAAUUUGUUGUUAGAUAAGAAGCUGUUGAAGGGAGAAAUUAGUGACUACAAAAGGGAAGUUGAUGAUCUUGGUGGACAGAUGAGGUGUUUGCUCAAUGAAGUGGACAGGCUGAAGAUGAAAUGCAAGGCUUUAAACUCUGACAGGAAGAAGAUGAACAGAGAGAUGCAUGGAAGAAAUGCAAGAUCAGAGCACUCUGUUCUUUGUGUUGCUUUUGGGAUUAGUUUGGUCAUAUUAAUGAUGCUAGUUAUUGGGGGGUUGACUGGAAGAGGGGGUGCUAUGUUGCUUGGCUUUUGGCUGGCCUUGUUGACUUUAUGA